UAUUUUCGUAUACGUGUUGGGAACUCCCCUCGGACUAUUUUUAACUUCUGUUUCAACUACACCGUUUACAUCUGUGGCAUGUUAUAUGCUCUAUAUUCUCUUUGUAUUAUCUAUGCUGAUUUUGACAGCAGCACGACAUAAACACGACUUAUAUUUUAGGUUAUAAAAAUAUAUUCGUGUUUAUGUUUGCAAUUUAUGAAUGAUUUAUUCGGUUUUAUUUAAUAGACAUAAAUAUAUUUAAUAAAACUUACAAAAAACUUCACAAUGAACGGCUUAGCGCUAAGAAUAAACCGAGGCGGUGGCGGCAAAUCGAAAACUUCUAUUGGAUACUCUCCGAUUGCCAUUCCUACUUCUUUAUUUGAAAAUACAGAGAAUGGUCAUAAGGAAAUAUAUGAGUUUAUGAGUUCAGUCUGUACAGAUGAUCAAUUAGUAAUUCUAAAAAAUAUUAUAGACACAAUCAAACAGCCUGUUGAUGAUGUUAUAAUGAAGUUUCUUGUUGCUGCUUUCUUCCACGCUGAAGCUAAGCAUCCAAUUAAAUGUGUGGUGUCAAGGCACAUAAUCAAAAACAAGCAGCUGCAGGAUCCAUUCUCAGAUGCCCUAGCGGUACAGAUCACAGCUCACAUAACAGCCAAAGCAUCCAACUACAAGCAGUAUGCGGACGUUGUAGGCAAGCUCAUCACGUGUAUAGAGAACUUUCCCGCUGGAGUCCAGGCUAUGAAGAUGGUGGAGUUGGCACUUGCAUGCUAUCUGACGGACUGCUUGAGUUGUUGUGUGGCAACGUUGAGAGAACAGAAAACCUUAUCUCCAACGGAAAAGAACGAAAUCUUCACCCUAGCACAUAUGACCAUAAGAUUGCUACUACAUAUUACUCAGAAAAUUAGCUCAGAAAGUAAAAGUAAUUUGAUCCUUAUGUUUGAGGAAAUAAGGUUGUUAAUCCAAGAUUUGAUGUUUGAUGAUGAUGUGCCUAUGGAUACAAAGAGUGUGGGCGGGAUAUUGUACCUCACUGUGCAUGUUACUGAGUAUGGGACUGACAGUUGGAUAGAGGUUCUGGACCCUGGCACCAAAAACAUCGGUUUAUCCAAGUUGCUGACACUAGAAGCGGGUCGACUGAGUUUAUACUCUGCCAUUGUGACCGUAGUCUCAGCAGACCAACUAUACACACAUACUGUUGAUGAUGAACCAGCGAUUCUUGCAGUUACCAAGAAGAUAUUGGAUAUUGGAGAGAGGAGUUCAUCAGAAGCAGCAUUUAUCCUAGCCGUGGCUCGUACAGCACUACAGCUAGGCAAGCUGGUGUCGACACGGGCGGGGCUGGCGCUGAGUGCGGCGCUGCUGGGGUUCGCGUGGGGGCAGCUGGAGCACCACAUGGACAGCGUGCGGCACCUGGCGGGGCAGCUGCUGGCCUGCCUCGUGCGGUACUGCGCCCACGCUGAUGCUGCUGGUGACAGCAGAGCUCUAGACACGUUAACAAGCGCUCUAUCAUCAGUAGAGCGAUCGCGUAAGAGCUACUACAUCUGCGUGUCGCACGUGGCGGCGGAGCUGCCCGCGCGGAUCGUCCGCGCGCUCGUGCGGCCCAGCGACCUGCUGCCCGCUUUGAGAGAACAGCCAUUGCAUAAUACUGCUCGCGCAGCCCUAGAGGCAUUACUCGACAAGUGCCUCCCCAGCUGCAGCUCGGAGCAGCUUCACGCAGAAUGGCUGCAGCCGCUGCUGCAGUGCGGCAAGGAUGCAGCGGAUGAUCUGCAGCUGGGAGCGCUGCAGCACGUGCUGGCCAGAGCUGUGAGAGUCAGGACUGAUGUCAGGGAGUAUCUACUACAAUACAUAAAAGAAGCGAGCACAGUACCUGAGCAGCGCGAUCUAAAGUGCGUAUUAAUGUUAUUACGCGUAGUUCGUAACUCAGCUGGUGGAGAAACACUGCCGCAUAGUGAGACACACUGGAAGGGCAUCAUAGCAUAUGAUGUACUGGAAGAGGCCGCUACAGAUGCUGUGGAUGAGACUCGUAUCCUCUCUCUAUCGCUAAUAGUGGAGUCUCCCAAGAGCACAGAGGUGUUCUCUGAAGGUGACCUGAAGUUAGUGCUGCACUACCUCACGCACAACAUCAAUGCGCAGGCGCCGAAUUUUCGACAACUCACGCUCUCUGCUAUGAAAAAAUUCAUAAAGCGCUUCGAAGAGAGCUACGCAGUAUUACACCGCGAGUUACAAUCUCGACCUAACGCCGACAGCCAUAAGGUCGCAUAUUACUUGCGCUUCGCGGAGGACUUGCGUCGUUUGUGCUUCGCAAGCUUGCUGCCGGGAGCUAACUACAGUCGGCGGUUUGUGGCCUUGCAGCUGUUGGCCUGGUGCGAACAGAUGUGUUUGGAAGGUUAUCAGAGGAGUUGGGAGCCGGAGUACGUGGACAAGUUGCUGCGGCACCUAGAAGACAGCUAUGUGAACAACAAAGCCUUCGCUCUUGAAGUGCUGGCCAGCUGUCCCGUAGAACUUCUCAAGAACAAAAGCUACUCUAUAAGCUUGGAGUUAGAGGACAUAAUCAGUCAGGCGUCCUUGUUGAAGCCUACUGAGUGCGUGUCGGCUGCUUAUAAACUGGACUUGUUGAGGACGAAACUGCCGGAGUACAUACUGCAAAAUGAACACUGCGACACUUCACAAAUCCCAGAGCGUGUAUCGUACUCCCUGUGCUCUGGCCUGCUCCGCGCGGCGCAGUCGCAGCUGCUCGUGGUCCGCGGCAGCGUGGUGGCGGGGGCUGCGCGGGCGCCGCUGUACGGCGUGCUGCACUGUCUGGCACAUACGCUGGGACAGGUGGAAGCUAAAGCGAUAUCUUGUGACGCGGACUGGUCGGCGCUGGUGGGCGACACGUUCGCCACAUGCAUGUCGGUCAGCGAGGCCGUCGCCUGCGUCGUCAACAACUCCUCGCCGGAAGGCCACCUGCCCAUGGACAUGACCGUGCAGGUCACUGAUCAUGGCAACUCCGGUAACGUGACGCUGGAUGACGGGCGACAGGUGACGGCGCAGAUGGUGCUGCUCUGCGCUUGGAGAUCUGUUAAAGAGGUAUCACUGCUGCUGGGCGGCAUAUGUGGCCGUCUAACCGUGUCCGGCGAGGACGGGCAGGUUGGCACCCUCAGUGAAGACCAGCUGGUGAGGGCGGGGGAACACUUCACGCGGCUGCUGGCGGAGACCAAGCAUCGCGGCGCCUUCGAGCAGGCCUAUGUUGGCUUUACCAUGCUGCUGGAUAGACUGUGGCGGUGCCGCAGCGCGUCGCUGCACGGGUUGCCGCGGCGGUGGCUGCGGGAACUGCUGCGCGCCGUGGCUGGUGACGAGGACAACAAGCUCUGCGCUACCAGGCGCAGUGCUGGAUUGCCUUUUAUGAUACAGGCGCUGGUAUCAACAGAAGUGCAAGUGCAAGGCAACCCUCUCUGCUUCCAAGAGUGCAUGACUACCCUACUCUCCCUGUGCACGCUUGGCGCCCGCCGCGCCCGCGGGCACGCGCUGCACGCGCUGCACGUGCUGCGCGCUCUGCUGCGCCACAGUGCGCUGGCGCAGCGGGCAGCGCCCUAUGUGGCGCCCGCGAUGUUAGCUGCCUUGAGAGCUUUCGAUGCUAAUACUUGGGCUGAGCGCAACUCAGCGACAUUGCUGCUGAGCGCGUUAGUAUCGCGCGUGUUCGGCGUGUCGCGCGCCGCCAUGACGGGACGCAUCUUCUUCCUCAGAUACCCACAGCUAUACGACUUCAUGCUGGAUGCGCUGGUGCGGGGCGGCAGCGAGGCUCACACGCUGCGGCCGGCGCUGUACGCCGUGCUGCUGCUGCUGGCCAGGCUCUACCCCUCCUCGCUCGAGGGCACCGAGACCAACCUCAAGCUAGUAUCGUUCGUCCCGCACGUGCAGGCCUGCGCUCGAAGCCGCGUGCUGCACACGCGCCGCCUAGCUGCACGCGCGCUAGUACCGCUCAUACCACAUCAAAUGUUCAGCAAGCACUUCAACUUAAUGCUGGAGCAACUCGAAUCCUGCGACAGUAACACAGCUCACGGCAUCGCACUACAGCUGAUUGAGCUGGUUCGUCGGCGGGGGCCCGAGCUGGCGGCCUGCGGGCUGCCGGCGCGGGGCCUGCGGGGCCUGCUGCGGCGGCUGCGGGCCCCGUGCUACGUGCUGGCCGCUGACCUCGUCUGGCUAGUCAGCUUGAUUGAUUUCACAUUAAAAACCUUACCACAAGAAACAGUAACGGAGAUCAGUUCAUGCCUACACACGUUAAUAUUCCCCCCGUCCCCCGCGGCCGCCGGGCCGGGCCGCGACCUCUGCCUCGCCCGAGCCUUGUGCCUCUACCUCAUACUCGCCACCAAGUACAAUGUCACAGACAUACCCUGCCUCGUCUACCAGAGCCUACAACAUACCUCCUAUGAAGUAGUCCUAGCAGUACUAGACUACCUUUUAAUACUACACAAAGACCCAGAAGUCGACACUACUAAUUACCACGAAAAUCUGACAGAAAUUGCUGAUACAUCCUCUAUAUUGGAAAGAAUAAAGAGUGAAAAAUACAUUCAAUUGCUUUGCAAUGUUCUAAAGAAUAACUAUUUAGAGUGUCAAGAGAAAAGCCUAAAAAUUCUCAUGUUGGAAGGCGACAUACAACGGUAUAUAAUAGAAGCUAAGACUGAUGUACUAAGUGACGAAGAAAUCAUUGACAAACUAAUCGAUCUUAUAGAAAACGAACAUGAGAAGUUAACUCACAUAUAUUUACAAAGUCUGCUGGACCUCAUAACGGUGCAGUUAGUGCAGUCCAAGCUUCGAGGAUCAGUGUUACUGCAAGUAGUGAGGGUGCUACUUGAAUGCAGUUCUGCAGAAAACUGUGUUAGCACGAGGACUGUGGUUGCCAAGUUCAUAGAGACUAACUUUUCUGUGUUGUUGGAGGUUGAUGUUAGUGAACUUGCUGAUGGAGAUAAGUUUGAACUCCGCGCCACAAUAUGGGCGACAACAAUAACGUUGCUAGAGGACGACGAGCCGCACAGCCGGCGCCGCGCGGCGCGCGUGGCGGGCGCCGCCUGCGCCGCGCGCCAGCGCCUGCGCACUACAGCCGGGUCCGUUGAGGAAGCGGUGGCGUUGUUGGCGCUAGCGGCGCUGCUGGACUUCCAGUCCGUGGUGGUGGUGGCCGAUGACGUCACUGAUGAGUGUCGCGUGUUUGAUCAAAACGAAAGGUACAACAUAUUCCUAGAGGAAAGUGUAUGGACGGUCGCUUGCGCAGACAUUCUCGCCAACGAUUACAAGUUGAACGAUACCGCAGUGUUCGCCAUCUUAGACAAACCGACCUACAAGCAAACCUUUGACAAGCUGUGCAACGACAAUGUAGACGUUUUCAGGAAAAUGGCCGCCGGAGAGAAAUUACCGCGAAAUGAUACAUUAAAUCCUAAGAUAGAACUAUUUGUAAAUAGAUUACGUAAGCCUAGUAAAUAAAAUUAUAUUUUGGUUUA